GUCUGCUUUGUACUGAACGCGCCUUUUCUUUCCACCCGGCAUCUGGUGAGAAGAAGCAACAUAAAAAAUCAGAACAACCAGUAGUCUGCUGCUCCGGUUUUUGAAGUUACCGCCUGUUUUGUGGUGAGGUGCGACGCGCUAUUUUAAUUUUAAGCAUUUUACUAUUGAAACAAGUAUUUCAACAUUAAAAGUGCGAUAAAGUUAUAAAACGACAGUGCUUCGUUGAUUUCUCCAUAAAUAAAAUCAGCGUGCUUCAGAGAAAAGUACUUCACAAUGGAAUCUAAACCCAAAAGAGGUCGUCCGGGAAAAAAAGUUGACGCUGAAGCAGAGGUAAACAGUGUUGUAUCUGAGCCGGCGAAAAAUGGUAAGAAGAAGGCACCAGCUAAGAGUACCAAAGCGACAAAAGAGGUACCGGAGUUGGCCGAGGUAACAGAACAAAUUGUCGAAGAAAAAAAGAAACCAGGACGCAAAGCAAAACCGGUGGUUCAAAACGAAGUUGAUCCUUUGGAAACGCCAGAAGAACCCGUCAAAGGUCGAAAGGGACGUAAACCAGCAGCUGCAAAGGAAGAUUCAUCAGCUGUAGAAGAACCUCCUGUGAAAAAAGGACGUGGUAAAAAAGCUGCUCCUGAGGAUAAAAGUCCCGAACAAGCUGAAGUGCCGUCAUCGCCACUGAAAAAAGGAAAAGCUCUACUGGAAAACGGAAAUACAUCACCACCUAAAGCAAAAGGACGAGGUAAAGCUGCAAAAGAGACCGCCGAACCGGAAGUCGCAGUGCCGGCCAAACGUGGACGAGGCAAAGGGAAAGCAGAACCCAAUGAACAAGCAGAAGAACUAGAACAAUCCCCUCCAAAAAAAUCUAAAUUUGAUUCACCUCCUAAAAAAACCAGCCCCAAAAAGACGGUACAAGAAACACUUAACACCGAAUUGAAAGAAUCAUCUACGGCUGCCAAAGCGUCAGGUCGAGGACGCAAGAAGGCAAUCUCCACCGAAGAAAAACCUACGUCGCCCGUCAAAUCGCCAUCAGCACCGGCAAAACGAGGACGUGGUAGAAAGGCAGCAGCUGAGGGUACAGCCGUGAAAAAAGUUUCUAAAAAAGCAUCGUUGAAAGCAAAACAGACAGAUGAUAAUGAUGAUCUUUCACCGACCAAUGGAGUAACUCAACGCAGGAAGAAAAAGGAAGUGCUCCAACAUAACGGCGAUGACCACGAUGAUGAUUCAGCCGAACCAAAAGCAAAGAAAUCGAAAACUGAGAAGAAACCAGCAGCGCCGAAAAUAAACAAAUCAGAAACUGACUAUGCAAAACUGAACUUCGAAGUGGAAGGAAAUAAAGAGUACAAUUUCAAAAUCUCCAGCUGGAAUGUGGCUGGUCUUCGUGGAUGGAUAGGCAAGGGCGGCUUGGAGUAUUUCGAACAUGAGAAGCCGGAUAUUCUGUGUGUACAGGAAACUAAGUGCUCGGAGGAUCAAUUACCGGAAGAAGCCCGUCACAUCAAGGGCUACCAUCCGUACUGGUUAUGCAAACCAGGAGGUUACGCAGGAGUCGCUAUUUACUCGAAGAAAAUGCCUAUCAAUGUCGCUUAUGGUCUAGGCGACGAAGAACAAGAUGCCGAUGGCCGAUUGCUGACGGCAGAGUAUGAAAAGUUUUAUUUGGUUUGCGUAUAUGUUCCCAACGCAGGACGAAAGUUGGUCACACUGCCGAAGCGUAUGCGAUGGGAUGAAAAGUUUCAUAAGUACCUACAGGAGUUAGAUGCCAAGAAGCCCGUUAUUGUGUGCGGAGACAUGAAUGUCGCUCAUGAAGAAAUUGAUUUAGCUAAUCCAAAAACUAACAAGAAGAAUGCCGGUUUCACUCAGGAAGAAAGAGACGGAAUGAGUAAAUUGUUGUCGCUGGGUUUUGUCGAUACAUUCCGGCAACUUUAUCCGGAACAAAAGAGCGCCUACACUUUUUGGACUUAUAUGGGGAACGCUCGUUCGAAGAAUGUAGGUUGGCGACUGGAUUAUUUCAUUGCAUCUGAACGACUUCAAAAGAAGGUCGUCGAUAACGUGAUGCGCUCGAAAGUUUACGGUAGUGAUCAUUGUCCGAUUACGUUGUUUCUCAAUAUUUAAUCAGGCGGAAUGCUGCGACUAAAAUCUGUAUUAAUAAGUUUUUAUACUCAAAAAUAUACGGUUUAUGUUAUUUUAGGUUUAUUUAAGCUGUUUCCUUUGGACCUGUGCUCAGAGUUAGCAUUUAAAACCGAUUAUUGCGUGGUAUCAUAAUCAAAAAACGAUGAAAUAAAAACAGUUUGUAACAAGUUAACCAGCUUA